AGUGUCAAAUGCAGCACUGAGAUAAAGUAAAAUCAAGACAAGUUUUUCUUUUGUUAAAAUGUACACUAAUAAACCAAUCUCUCACUCCAGCUGCAGGAGUUAAUAAACCUUUGAAAGAGGCUCAAAAGUCCAGAAUCUAGAAAUCAACCUAGAAGAAACUUUUUCAAUCUUCUUUUUUUCAUGAAGGAUUAAAAGGGUGUAAAAAUUGUGCCAAUAUCUUAGUUUUAUUAGCCUCGAAAUUGCCUUUCUGCUUGAUUCUCAUUUCCUUCAGUUCUCUGUCUGGGAUUUCUCCCAUUGAGCUCAAUUUCUCCAGUUGUUUACAUUAAGUUUCAUCGAGCUAGAACAUUACAUAUGGUCACAGACAAAUGUUAGCAAUCGGGUAAAAUCAGAUCCAAUUGUUUAAAAGUUCGACAGUGUUUACACCUCCGGCUAGCAAUCGUUUCUCAAUAGCUAACGGUCAAGAACAAACAAAAUUUCUGAUUUAGUGUUUACGGUUUUUAAUCGUCUCAUCAUCUUUAGGUUUUUAAACCAAAUACCCCAACACUAAGUAGCAGCUUUAGUUUUUUAGAUAAUUUUGUUGCUCUCCUAAACAUAUAAUCUUGCCAGCAGAUUUGUUGAACAGUUUCUGGUAUGAAAAACACCCAGAAAUAGGAUGAUUGACUGUGAAAGUAAUACUGUGAAGAUCACACAUUAAAAACUGAUUUAAUCUUGGCUGAGACAUUUAAUCCUCUCAGGUGGGUGUUAAGGAGAUUGACAUAGCAAAGAUGUGAGAUUAGUUACCUCAAGGCUAAAAAAUUUAAUUCCUAAAGUCUUUCUGAGCCCUGCCAAAGCAUAAAAUCUGUCUCCUGUUAUUAUUCUUGAUUUUUUUCUGUAUUCUCUUAGGUGGAGGUGUCAACAAUAACAAGCACACAUACCCCCAGAAUUACAGCACAAAUCCAUCACCAAAUCACGUGUCUCUUUGCACAUAGAUAAACGCUCAAACGUAGCAGCUGCAGCUAAAUUUAGAUGCCCAUCAGGUCAACCAAACAAACACUCCUGACACCGAGCGCCAAAGAUUAAAAACUCUUUGCAGCUAAUAAAAGAUAAAAAGAACAUGAGCGUGGUUUUCACUUCAACGAGAAUGUAAUGUACUGGAUUUUGAAGAAUAUCCUACGACAACUAAAACAUGCAAACUCAUUUGGUGGGGUAUCAAAAUUCACAUUUAAAUGUCUCUCAGCAUGUCGUGUUUUCAUAGUUAAACCCUGGCAGAAGCUGGACAUUAAUCAGAAACAUCCAUAAACAUGCUGGGAAGCUUGUAGGCGUGCUGUAUAUCCCUCCCACCGCCUCUCUUCUGCUGCAUAAAAAUAAUACAGUGACAUCCAUCUUUGUGGCUCUGAAGCUCUGCAGGUCAGAGAGAGGUUAAAUGCCUCCCCAAAGGGGACAGGAUUAUCCUAACACCAACAGCAACGAGCUACUUUUGACACCUCAGAGGAAAACCCUCAGAUUUAAUGAUGUGGAAAAGUUUUAAAACAUCCCAGAUUAAGAUAAACUCAAUUUCAAAAACUCUUGGACAGAGUUUGUGCAAAGUUUAUUUUACUCAUCAAAAUUAGUGAAGAAUGGUUAUAAUAGUUUCUCAUUAUACUUUAGUUUCAUUUCAAUGUGACUUUUUAUCCAAUUUGGUUAGCUUUAAUUAGUUUUUAGAGUGUGUUUGCUAGUUUUUAAUAGUUAAUAGAUACAUAUUGCUUAGUUACAGUAGUAAUUUUAGUUUUUUCAUACUUUUGAUAACUUUUAGGUGCAGAAUUCAAAAAGUCAAAGUAUUGUAUUGUGAUUAUGUCUACAUUGAUUUGGUAAUGGAUACUCAACAGAAGAUAAUAAUUUCAAAAACAUAUAUUAAAUUAUUGUUGAACAACCAACUAACUGCCGUUUUCCCCCAACUUUUACUGUUGCCAUUUUGUGGACUAGCUUAAUUUGAUGGCAGCUAACGUCAGCUGCUUAUUUGAGGAAAAAAAAAUAUUUCAAAUCAGUUCGAAAGGUUCAUAAACACAAAAAACAAAAUACAUUAUAUUAUUAACACUAAAACGGAUUAGAAUUGUGUUUCAAAACUAAUUAAAGCAUAACUAAACCUGAAAGUUUCUGCAUCUUUAAUAGUUUCUACUAAUAGCUCUUUUGGAAUAACCUCGAUUCGGAUGGAAUUAUUGUUUCUAUUCUGUUUCGGCAUACUUUAGCAUCUCUUAAAAUGUUCUGGUGGUAAAGUUUCCAGAGAUCAACAUUCUAGAUUGCAUCAAUAAAAUCCAGUUUAAAAGAUUAGAGUCUAGCUCUCACAGUAUUGUCCUUCCAGAUGAAUCCUCUAAGCUGUUUCUAUUCCUGACAGAAAGGUGCUUUAUCAACCGUGCCCAUCGGAUUCCUGUACGCCUCGACUGCAGCAGCUGUAUUUACAGAUGACAUCAUCCACAGAGAUAGACUCGCAAACACCGAUCUGGCUCCCUGUCCGUCCAACUCUGUUUGACAACACAAUGUUUGCUUGUUGGUUGAUUUUAAAUUGAAGGCGUGCGCCUGGAGGAUACUCCCUAGAGGACUUGGAGUAAAGGGUAGCUGACAAACAUAAAGCCAACAGCACCAGUAUCCCAGACAGAGACAAGAGAGCCAAGUCUCAGUGCCAAAGAGGGACGGGUCACAGGGCUGUGUUGAUGUGUAUGUGCAGGGGGCUGUCAUGACCUCCCUAUCAUGGUGUCGGAUAACAGCUUCUGCAGACAGAAGAGGACUAAAACAGAUGGAAACGUAUGCAUGGAUACCUACUCACUCCUCUACAGUUCCUCACACAGAACCGGACUCCUCUCUGGCUUCCAGCGUUUGCGGGACCAGAAGAAGAUGUGCGAUGUCGUCUUGGAAGCAGGCGGUGUUUCCUUCCCGUGUCAUCGCAGUCUGUUAGCGAGCUCCAGUGACUACUUCUGGGCCCUUUUUGGAGAGACAACCGCAGAGAGAUCAGCAGACUCCAUCAGGCUCCCGGCGCUGACGCCUGAAGGUUUGGAAGCCAUUUUGGAUUUCUUAUACUCAGGGUGGUUGAGCAUUUCUUCCUCCACACUUCCUGUUGUCGUGGAAGCAGCCCGGUACCUCCAGGUAGAGGCGGCGCUGUCAAUAUGCGAGCGAUUUAUGGCGGAUGGCUUAACUGCAGAUAAUUGCUGCUACUAUGCUAAUCUGGCUGAGCAACACUUCCUCUUGAAUGCACUUGAGGCUGCAAAUCAAACCAUUGCCAAGAAGAUGGCGGUUCUGCUGCAGAAAAGCAGGGUUGAUCUCCUUGGGUUGAACUUUCCGUCGCUGAUGGCGGUGUUAGAUGCAGAUGAGAUACCUGGGGCCAAGGAGGUGGAUCUCAUAAGACUUUCUCUAGACUGGCUGGAUGAAAAUGGGCCCCUUCCACUGCUAAAGUCAAACCUUCUGCUGAGUCGUCUACGUUUCGGAUUGGUUGCGCCUUCAGACCUUUCUGACCUUUGCCACGGAAACAGGGCCAUGGCCACUCCUCUGAUCAGAAGUCAGCUGACUCGGGCUCUUGAGUACCAUCAUAUGGGUUCAACUCAGCCAAUAGCACAAAGCAGGCAGUCGACCCUUAGAGGAUCACCCAAUCGUGUGCUUCUUGUUGGUGGUGGGGUUAGCCCUGAUUGGCCAGAACAACAGGUGCUAUCGUUCGACACCAGUAGCAGGAAGUUUUCAUCGCCAGGUUUUGUUCUACCUCUGAGACUCAGAAAUCCCUGCGUCUGUUCGGUGGGAGGUUUUCUCUUCGUGAUUGGCGGUGAAGACAUGAAAAAUAGCAAUGAGAAGUCCGUCACUGUGUCGACCUCAAGCCAAGCCUGGAGGUACGAUCCACGCUUCAACCACUGGAAGAAGAUGGAGUCUAUGCUGGAGAGGCGGGUGCAGUUCACCUGCUGUGUGGUGGAAGACGUCAUUUAUGCUAUUGGGGGACGACAGUCAAAUCUGGACUCCAUGACAUACACUUCCUUAGCUUCUGGUGAGUAUUGCGACAUGGCUUCAGGAGCAUGGAGGAGAGCUGCAGCGAUGCCUUGCCCUCUUCACGGCCACGCAUCUACCGUGCUUGACAAGAGCAUCUAUGUGUCAGGAGGACUCCCUGCCCACCAGUGCGGCAUCCAUGGCAGUAACCAGGAUGUAAACAGGGAAAUAAGUAGGGAAUGCCUCUCUUGGGACCUGACGGCCACAGUCUGGGAAAAGAGGGCAUCCAUGUCCAUCCCAAGGUUUGGUCACCGAUUGGCAACUGCCCACGGCUACAUUUACGCCCUGCUGGGGAUGUACGAGCAAUUUUGUGACAUUGAACGAUACGACCCGCAGUCAAACCACUGGACCCGCCUCAAACCACUUGCAAACGGCUUGUUCAGCUACGGGAUGUUAACCCUAGCAUGUGGGAAUCUGCUGGUAUUCGGCGGGAGGAGGUGGAGCGACGGACAGCAGGUGACUGUAAGGAACGUGCUGGAGUACGAUACGAAGAAAGAUCAGUGGAGAGAAAUCGCCCAGCUUCCGAGACCUCUGACUGGCACUGAGUGCACUCUGCUGCCUCUGCCGGACUAGUAGACCCAAUUUAACAUCUAUAAAAAAGUAGCGCCUUUAGAAUAACUGUUUAAUAAUCACAUUCAAUUGCCAUGAAGAAAAAAUAAAAAACUGUUGCUGAAAGCUUUAAUGCCAGUUGUAGAAAUGAGUUGUCUGAGAUAAAAAUUUGAUUAACGCUCAACACAUUUUCUUUCCACCUUAAAGCUGCAGUAGGUAACAGGUCUUAGCGCUGUCAAUCAACACUGGAUACUCGCUGCUAAAUGUGCUAAUGGCAGAGA